CCGGCUCCUCCUCCUCUAAUAAAUAUUAUAAGCACAGUCCACAUUCCAAAAUUGGCUAACUCCUAAACACGUGACACGGCUUGUCUCUUGGAAACAGUCUCUUAGCAACAGAAUACAGAGCUUCCAGAAGGGUUUCAUGGUUACUAUAGUAACUAAGUAGAAAAAAAACGCCUUGCCUUACGUGAUAGGCUACGUUUUCUGAUCAUGUGAUGCAGCCUCUUUCUGGCUUUACAGUCCCUUAGCAACGGGACGCCGCGCUACCUGAUAGUUGACAUCGUUGCCAUAACAACCGAGGCCUAGCAAGAAGCAUCUAGCCUCGGUGUCCGGCGAUUCACCAUGUCCGCUCAGGUACUCGUCUCCCGGCCGCCCGCCCCACAGAGUAUCCCGACGGAGAGCCUUCCGGUCCACACGGUGGAGGCCCCCUAUAACACCGGGGAGCACUCCUCCUCCGGUCUGGCCACUUCUGGCUUCCGUACCGCGAAGUAUCUGCUGGAGGAAUGGCAGCAGGGCGGCUACACGUCCUACUACCAGGCGUUCUCCGACAGGGACUGCUCCGAGAAGGGGCGGCACGAGGCCAAGCAGCUGGCGGCGGAGUGCGAGGCCCGGGCCCAGCGCAGCCAGGCGGACGCCACCAAGAAGCUGGGGGAGCGGCUGCUGGACGUCCACUUCUGGAGGUCGGAGCUGGAGCGGGAGGUCCGCGACCUGACGGCCGAGACCGAGGGGCUGCUGCUGCAGCAGAAGAGCCGCCUGCAGAGGGCGCUGGACGCCGCCGAGAUCCCCUACAGCAUCGCCAGCGACAACCUGCAGAGCCGCGAGCGGAGGGUCGGGGCCGAACUGGUGCGGGACGGGGCGGAGGUGGAGCUGCUGAGGGAGGUGGAACUAAUUCGAAAUGUUCAAGAUCUUCUGAAAAGGACACUGGAGCAAACCAUCGAGCAGAUAAGGAAGAACAGAGAUGCCAAGGAGAAGCUGGAGAUGGACUGGUCAGACAAGGUGGAAGCUUACGACAUCGACAACAAGAGUGGAAGAUACAAUAAUCAAAGCACCGAGAUCCAAUUCCAUCACAACUCAUCUAAAUUUGAGGACAACACUUCUACCCCAGAGUCUUGGGCCCAGUACAGUCACGAGAACAUAUACAGGGCAGAAAGGGAGAGAAUGGCCUCCAUCAACCUUCGUUCCCUGGUCGACAGUAUCCUGCAGGACACGGCGGAAGACCUCCGAUCCCAGUGCGACGCGGUCAACAGCGCCCUCGCCAAACGAUGCGAGGAGGUGGAGGACGUCAAAAGGAAGCUGGAGGACCACCUGAAGAAGACCCUGAAGGAGAUUGGAGAUCAGGAGAAUAAUAUUGCUGCUCUCAAGCAGGCCAUCACAGAUAAGGAGGCUCCUAUGAAGGUUGCUCAGACUCGGUUGUAUCAGAGGUCCUUCAGACCCAAUGUAGAGCUCUGCAGGGAUCCUGUACAGUUCCGGUUGGUCAGUGAAGUUGGAGAGCUCACAGAGUCGGUAGAGUUCCUGAAGCAGAAGCUGGAGGAGGCCGAGCAGUCCCUUACGAACCUGGAGGACACCAGGAUGUCUCUGGAGAAAGACAUCGCCAACAAGGCCAACACUCUCUUCAUUGACCGGGAAAAGUGCAUGACCCACCGCACCCGCUACCCGACGGUCAUGAAGCUGACUGGCUUUCAGUAGAUUCAAUGGAGAUGUUAUUUUCUGCUCACCGUUACCUGCGUGAAUAAAGAUUGAGAAUUCA